UCAAACACAUCGAUGGCUCUUUCUUGAUUCUUCUUCUUCCAAACACUGAUGAUACCAAUUUGUGGAUUAAUCAAAGAUUGACUUCCAACAGUUCCGCAUCCAUCAUCGCGAAUCUCGCUAUUUUGUUUUGUUUGUUUUUGUUCGUUCCGGUCAGGUCUCGAGAAAUUCUCUUCGACGAAGAAGCAUUUUCACGUCUUAAUCGGAAAAAGUUCAGGAAAACCAUGGCACAAGAUACCGAUACCGUUAUUGUCGCCCCUAAACGAUACCAAUCCCAAUGCAGGAUGUGGGACUGCGGCCGAGUCCCACCAGGUUUUUACUGCAAUUUCGGGCAUGGCUUCCGUUCCAAAUCUGAUGAAGUCAAACCCCGAGCAGCUGUGUAUCUUGAUUCUCUAAGCGGCGACGAUGAAGCAUCACUGAGUUUGAAGAUUCUGACUACCAAGUCUCAGGGACAAUGCUGCGGUGUCCCUCCGGUUUCCAUGGUGGUCUUACAACAAAACCCGUCAGAAUCUCCCCCAUGUCGUUGAGGUCAACCGCAUGGAGGAUGAGACACUGAGAAACUGGGCAUUCAUGUCUGAUACAAUCCCCCCACCCAACAUUUGGGCAAGAUACGACACGAAGACUAUCUUGGGUAUGGAAAGGAUCUCUUGGCAGUUGAGGCCCAAGCCAGAAGUUGGUUGGUACAGGCUUCGUCGUUACACGCUUCCAACUUAUGCUUCCUCGUUGUAUUGGCUCCACUUUGAAUGGGACGAAGGAAGCAAGACGAGUGGAAACACUGCCUCUGUCUCUAUACCAAAGACUCAUAAAGGUCCGCCAGGUCCUGGUGCUAGUGGUCCAUCUGGUGCUGCUUAUAUGAGUGACAAAGGAGCAAGUACAUCCGGUCACUGUAACAUGACUUUCAAAGGAACUUAUGGUGCAAGUUCAUCUGGCCCUUGUAACAAGACCUUCAUGAGUGACAAAGUAACUGAGGCACAGCUUCGUGGUGUUAUGGACGUGUCAGAUAAUCACUCUCUCCACUCGUCACUGUUAAUCCUUUCUAGGGCAUUAAGACUUUCUGGAAGAAUUAAUGCAGAUGAUGCUGUCCGAGCUACUCUUUCUUCUAUUGCUUGGGAUACUGCUUCUCUGCCAUCUGAAGACUCUGUUUCUGAGCUUAGAAGGAAGUUACAAGAUGAAUAUGUGCAGGGAGACGAAGGUGAAGAGAUGACCAUUGACAUUGUAACGGCCAGCAAAGCCCAAGAACAUGCAAGAGGUAGAGUUCCUGAACAGCAAGAUGAUCUUUGCAAACUUAGCUGUGCAUUGGCCCUUUUAGCCUCUACUUCUUUGGGGUGCAGAGAGCGCGGCGAAUUGCUGAGACUGCUCACGGAUGAGGUGGAGUUCUAUUACACAAUGGUCGAGAAAGCUACUGAAGCAGACGAGGUUUCCUAUGCACUAAUGGAGAAGGUUGAUAAGCUGAUGCAGAACUUCGAGAAGGAACUAUUUGGCGAAGCUUUUCAGCUUCUUGCCAGGGAUGGGCUACAAGCAAUCUAAUCAAAGAGUAUCAGAGCCAGUUAGCUUUUGGAGACCUUUUAUGGAGACAAAAACAACAUUAGGCCAGAAUAUAUUUGGCAAUAUUAUUGUAUCAGUCUCAGAACAUUUUACCUGUUUCACCUUAGCGUAAUACCGUAGGAUACAUCUA